UCACACUCAUUGUGUCUACAGCUGGAUCGUAAUGAGUUGUCCUGACGGAAUCAUCCCUUGCGCCGCGUGACAUCCGUCCAGACUCCUGUAGCAUUCCCCAAGUGGGCCCCCCCUGAACGGUGAUGACAAGAGCCAAUUCCCCCGAAGCAUCACCGAUGUUGCCUUUUCCAGGUGCUCCGUCUUCAUCGUGGGCUCGGUUUCGAGAGAGACUGGUCUCUCCUUUUAGGGGCGCUGACCCUCGAGUGUUCAUCGCAUUCUGGCUGUUUGGUGUGAUCAACAAUGUGCUUUAUGUGAUUAUCCUCGCGGCCGCCCUGGACUUGGUGGGUCCCCAAGUCCCCAAGGGUGUCGUGCUCCUCGCCGAUAUCGUCCCCGGGUUUACCAUGAAGUUGGUGGCCCCGUACUUCAUUCAUGUGGUGCCCUACUCGGUGCGAACUAUACUUUUCGUCGUGAUCUCCGCGAUGGGGAUGCUGCUCGUGGCGCUCACUCCGGAGUACGUGGAGGGACAGUCUAUUGCCCCGAAAAUGGCGGGCAUCGUCCUGGCGAGUUUGAGUAGCGGCGGUGGGGAGAUGAGCUUCUUGGGCUUGACACACUACUAUGGACCGUUCAGUCUGGCUGCCUGGGGCAGCGGGACGGGGGCAGCGGGCUUGGUCGGGGCCGCCGCGUACACGCUGGCUACGACCUCUAUGGGCCUGCCAGUUCAAAAGGCAUUACUUGCAUCGGCGUUUCUCCCGUCUAUCAUGCUGGUUAGCUUCUUCGUGAUCUUGCCACGAUCGUCUCGGAAUGCCCUGGCUACUAGCCAGGGCAGCUAUCGUCCUGUCGGGCAGCGCGAUCGACAUGCCGACGAUGCGGGGGACAUUCCGGAUGAGGAGGACAGCUUUCUCGGCUCCUCGAUGCUCUCGACUCCCAGUUCAAAGGCCAGCAGUGCAAGCCGUGGAGCGGCUCUGUGGCAAGAAGUCAAGGCGAACCUGCAGCGGGUCCAGGGGCUCUUCAUUCCAUUCAUGGUCCCUCUCUUGCUGGUAUACAUCGCAGAGUACACGAUCAACCAAGGGGUCGCGCCCACGCUGCUCUUUCCCCUCCAAGAGACCCCAUUCCAGCGCUUCCGCUCCUUCUACCCGGCCUACAACGCCACUUACCAAAUCGGGGUAUUCAUCUCCCGGUCGUCGAUUCCAUUCUUUCGCGUCCACAACAUCUACCUGCCCUCCCUUCUCCAGGUCCUCAACCUGCUGAUCCUAACCCUCCACGCGCUGUUCGACUUCAUCCCCAGUGUCUACCUGGUCUUCGCAAUCAUAUUCUGGGAGGGUCUGCUGGGCGGCCUCGUCUACGUCAACACGUUCGCUGAAAUUGGGGAUCGUGUGCCCAAAGAAGACCGCGAGUUCUCUCUGGGUGCCACGACGGUCAGCGAUUCCGCGGGGAUCUGCAUUGCGGGGUUCAUUAGUAUGGUGUUUGAGGUGUGGCUUUGCGACUGGCAGGUGGGCCAGGGCCGGGAUUACUGUCGAAAAGUAUAAUCUCGAGCUUGAAUCCGCCGACUGUAUAGAUAUGCUUGUACUAUUCCUGUUAAAUUCAUUCAGUGUCAUUUCACAAUUACAUAAGACAAAUUUCACAGCAUCCACGAUGUCGCCAUUUGCGGAUCGGGGGACGAUAACACAUUUGAGAGGCUACUGCUGCCGCUUGGCCAUUCACGUCAACGAGAUAUCAAAAUAUGACAUCGAG